AAAACAUGUAUGGGCGAUGGUUACUGACAGUUUGCAAACUGUCAGAGACUUCUGUGGGAACAGACCUAAUAACUACUGACAUAACCUCAAAAAUUAAAAAUUUGUGGCGCCAAAAAAAAAGUAAACACUUGUUUGGUGGUUGCUAAUAAUUUACAAUAUUUUAUUUUUUAUUGUGUAAUAUGUUUCAAAAAAGCAUCACAUCGUUUUUUAAGCCCAGAACCUCUUCUGACAACACGAAUGAUGAGUUUACUGGGUAUGUACAAUAAAAAAAAAUGUUAAAACUACCUAAAUUCAUUUCGUUAGUGCCUGUUUUGAAAUUAACGUUAAGGAGUAAAUGUUUGAGCUUAAAUAUAAACCAAAAUAUUCGUAGUAUUUCUUUGUGUAAUGUAGUUUUAAAAAAAUAUCCCUACAGUUCGACUAAAAAUGGAAAACGGGCAAGGAAGCUUAGCACUAGCAGUGAAGAAGAGGAGGAGAAUAAUCAAAAGAUGAAGGAAGAUAGUAAAAGUCCAACGGUUCAAGCCAAAAAACUCAAGUCAAACGAGAGUGAAGAGAAACCUGUAAAGUCCGACAAAAAAUCACCUAAAGGCAAGCAGACACAAAAAUCACCUAAAGUGAAACGAGAGUCUAAGAAGACUCCACAAAAAUCACCUAAAAACAAGCAAUCCAGUAAUGAAGUUGAGAGUGAGGAUGAAGCAGGAGAAACCGAAUCAUCACCUAAAGAAAUUAAAAAAGAGAAAAAUGGAAAGACUAAAAACGAAAACAAAAGAGUCUAUUCCAAAAAGACAGAAAAAUCACCUAAAGUGAAACAAGAGUCCAAGAAGACUCCAAAAAAAACAUCUAAAAACGAACAAUCUAAUGAAGUUGAGAGUAAUAAGGCUAAAGCAGAAGAAUCCGAGCCAACAACUAAAGAUGAGGAAAACGGAGAGACUGAAAAUGAAGACAAAAAAGUCACUAAAAUAUUCUUUGGAAAACCUUCAGAAGAUAAAAGCAAAGUUACACAAGCCGAUUAUAAUCCUAAAUUGGCCAAAUAUCACCCAAUAGAUGAUGCAACUUGGAAAAGAAAUGAGAGAGUCCCCUAUAGUGCUUUGGCAAGUACACUAGAAGCCAUCGAAGAAGUAUCAGCCCGUCUAAAAAUGAUUGAAAUCCUUAGCAAUUAUUUUAGAUCAGUCAUAGUGCUAACCCCAGAAGAUCUUCUACCCAGUGUCUAUUUAUGCCUAAACAAAAUAGCCCCAGCAUAUGAAGGCAUUGAAUUAGGCGUAGCCGAAACGAGUUUAAUGAAAGCUGUAGCCCAAUCCACAGGCAGGACAGUGAGCCAAAUUAAAAGUGACGCCCAAGAAAGUGGAGAUUUAGGCAUAGUGGCUGAACAAUCAAAAUCGAAUCAAAGAAUGAUUUUCAAGCCAGCCAGAUUGAGUGUGAAAGGCGUUUUCACUAAACUCAAAGAAAUUGCACAAAUGACUGGGCACGCUUCGCAAACGAAAAAAGUCGAGAAGAUCCAAUCAAUGUUUGUAGCUUGUCAAGGUCCAGAAGCGAGAUUUUUAAUUCGUUCGCUCCAAGGAAAACUCAGAAUAGGCUUAGCCGAGCAAUCAGCCCUUCAAGCUCUAGCUUUAGCUUGUACUAUGACUCCGCCGAAUCAAGAAUAUCCUCCAAAAGAACUAAACGCCUCUAAAGGCCAUUCAGCUGAAAGCUUUAAAGCUCGUGCAGAUGAAAUGGCUUUGAUUUUGAAAACUGCCUACUGUGAAUGUCCAAAUUAUGAUAAAAUAGUUCCGGUUUUGUUGGAGGAAGGAAUAGAGAAGUUACCGGAAAAAUGUAAAUUGACACCUGGUAUUCCUUUGAAACCUAUGUUGGCCCAUCCUACUAAAGGCGUUCAAGAAGUCAUACAAAGAUUCGAAGGUAUGACAUUCACUUGCGAAUGGAAAUACGACGGCGAAAGAGCCCAAAUUCACAUCAACCAAAACGACGUAUCCAUAUUCAGCCGUAAUCAAGAAAAUAACACCUCAAAAUAUCCAGAUAUAAUUUCCAGGUUGGAAAAAUGCAAAACCGAUCUGGUAGAAUCUUGUAUAUUGGAUUGUGAAGCUGUCGCCUGGGAUAGAGAGAAACGGCAAAUUUUGCCGUUCCAAAUUCUGAGUACUAGAAAGAGAAAGGAUGCCAAUGAGGCUGACAUCAAAGUCCAAGUUUGCGUUUUUAUGUUUGAUUUGCUGUACCUGAACGGAGAACCACUGGUAACCAAACCUUUUAAAGAAAGAAGAGAAUUACUGCGCCAACACUUCAAGGAACAUGAAGGCGAAUGGUGUUUUGCCACAUACUUGGACACUACCAAAAUGGAAGAAGUACAAGAGUUCCUUGAAGAAAGUGUUAAAGGUAAUUGCGAGGGGCUUAUGGUAAAAACGUUAGAACGAGAUGCCACAUAUGAAAUAGCCAAAAGGUCAAGAAAUUGGUUGAAAUUGAAAAAGGAUUAUUUGGAAGGAGUUGGAGAUACUUUGGAUUUAGUUGUUAUUGGUGGGUAUAUUGGGAAAGGUAAACGUACAGGGACUUAUGGAGGAUUCUUAUUGGCUUGUUAUGACAAAGAUUGUGAAGAAUAUCAGAGUAUUUGUAAGAUUGGAACAGGGUUCAGCGAUGAAGACUUGCAACAACAUACAGAAUUCCUCAAAGAACAUGUAGUGUCUCAACCAAAAAGCUACUACCAAUACGAUUCUUCUUUGGAACCGGAUCACUGGUUUGAACCGGUACAAGUUUGGGAAAUCAAAUGCGCUGACUUAUCAUUGUCUCCUGUGCAUAGAGCUGCCUCGGGAAUCGUGGAUCCAGUAAAAGGCAUUUCGCUUCGUUUUCCCAGAUUUAUCAGAAUUAGAGACGAUAAAAACGUGGAAGAUGCUACGUCCGCCCAACAAGUCAGUUACUUGUAUAAUAAUCAAGAGCAAGUUAAAAACCAGCAAACUGAUGGGAAGAAAUUUGAGGAAGAUUUUUAUUAGAUUAAUAUAUUAUGUUUGAGACAAGAUAUUGAUGAUUAUACUUUUUUUCCAUAAAAUAUACUUAUACAUUUUCAAAAA